CAUAAACUUCACUUUAAUUCUUUCUAAGCUUUCAGCUAAAGACGCUAAUCGAGGAUAUAUGACAAAAUCAAUAAUUUACGAUAAUCUUGGACGCGGAGAGAAAGUCAAAUGAAAGACGUGUUCCCGCGCGUGUCCCCCGCCGCGCUCAUGGUACGGUCCACUCCGCCGCGAGCAGUUCUUUGAUCCGCCACCGCUCAGUUCUGGAGCAGAUGAACGGAUUCGGUCCGGAUUUUCACGUUUUACGAGUCACGGAAGAGCCAUGCGCUCACGACAGCCGCUGUGCGGAGAUUGACGCGCGUUUUCCGUCUAAACCAGCGCUCGGUGUGUUUGAGAGACUUGCGCGGAUUCCAGGGCUCGAUCCGCGGACCGGAGUAACGGAGCGCCGGUCCCAUGUUGCAGCCGAACCAACACGACCAUGACCGCUCCAAAGAUCCGGUGAAAUACGGAGAACUGGUGAUUCUCGGGUAUAAUGGCUCUCUGCCCGGAGGAGACCGCGGUCGCAAGAGGAGCCGCUUCGCUCUUUACAGAAGGGCCAAAGCGAACGGCGUCAAGCCCAGCGCUGUGCACAUCCUCAGCAACCCACAGGACAGCAAGGCGAUUAACAGCAGGGGGCAGCACAGCAUCUCCUUCACGCUCUCCAGGAACCAGACCGUGGUGGUGGAGUACUGCCAUGAUAACGACACAGACAUGUUCCAGAUCGGCCGCUCCACCGAGAGCCCCAUAGACUUCGUGGUGACCGACACUCCAGGAGGAUCCAAGGAGGGCGAAGACUCGUCCUCGGCGCCCAGCACCAUCUCCCGCUUCGCCUGCAGGAUCGUCUGCGACCGAAACCCGCCCUACACCGCCCGCAUCUACGCCGCCGGCUUCGACUCCUCCAAGAACAUCUUCCUCGGGGAGAAAGCAACUAAAUGGAAGAAUCCGGACGGUCACAUGGAUGGACUGACGACCAACGGCGUUCUGGUGAUGCAUCCAGUGGGUUUCCCAGAAGAGCCCAAGCAGGGCUUGUGGAGAGAGAUCUCGGUGUGUGGAGACGUCUACGCUCUCAGAGAGACCCGAUCCGGGCCCAUCCGCGGCCAGCUGGCGCAGGGUGAGAGCAGCGCUCUGCAGGACGGUUCUCUGGUGGAUCUGUGCGGAGCGACGCUGCUCUGGCGAACGGCGGACGGUCUGCUGAAGGCCCCGACCCUGCGGCACCUGGAUGCCCUGCGCCUGGAGCUGAACGCAGCGCGGCCGCAGUGUCCGGUGGGCCUGAGCACGCUGGCCUUCCCCAGCCUCCCGCGGAGCCACAGCCUGGAGGAGCGCCAGCCCUGGGCCUACCUGAGCUGCGGACACGUGCACGGCCGGCACGACUGGGGCCAGCGGCCCGAGGGCCACCGCGAGCGCAACGAGGGCCCCGGCGGCCGCCGCGAGUGUCCGCUCUGCCGGAGCCUGGGGCCCUAUGUGCCGCUGUGGCUGGGGGCCGAGCCGGGCUUCUACACGGACGCCGGGGCCCCGACUCAUGCCUUUGUGCCCUGCGGUCACGUGUGCUCCGAGAACACGGCUCGAUACUGGGCCGAGACUCCGCUGCCUCACGGGACUCACGCCUUCAGACCCACCUGCCCCUUCUGCUCGGCCCCGCUGGCCGCCGGCCCCGGGGUCACGCGCCUCAUCUUCCAGGGCCCCAUUGAUUGAUGAGGGGGCCAAACGAGGGCCGAAAGGAGUCUGUGUUAGAAAUAUGCUGCCUUCAAGUCACAUCAGUGUCGUUUAUAUUUUUAAAGGGGACAUCAGAUGCCCAUUUUCCAAAAGAUGAUAUGUGACCCUGGAGUACAAAACCAGCCAUAAGUGUCAAUUUUUUUAAAUUGAGGUUUUGAUAUAUUUACGGUAGGAAAUUUACAAAAUAUCUUCAUGGAACAUGAUCUUAAUAUCCUAAUGAUUUUUGGCAUAAAAGAAAUUUUUUUUGCCAUACAAUGUAUUGUUGGCUAUUGCUACAAAUAUAGCUGUGCUGCUUAUGACUGCUUCUGUGCUGCAGGGUCACAGAUAAUUAUUUUAGGGUCUUAAUGAAAAGUCUAUAAUAUACUUUGGUUAAAAUUUCUCAAUAGCUGUUUCCAUCCACUUAUUUUUAUGCACAUUUUGGAAUAUUGCAUUAAAAAAACGCUGGAAAGAAAUGCCAAGAUGUGCAUAAAUUCUAAAAAUGCUUAUGCAUUUUUUCUAAAAACUUAUGCACACAACUGAGUAGGUUAAACUUUUUAUCCGAUAAGAAAACAUGUGCAUAAACUACGAUGGAAACACGUUUACUGAAUCAAUUCCACCAUGCGCAUCAAAACAGGUAAUAAUAUAAUUAAUAUAGGUAGAAAUAUGCUGCCUUGAAGUCACAUCAUUUAUAUCAUUAAGUGCCAACUCGAUGAGUUAAAGGCGUGUCGAUGAAUAACUAACAUAACUAAUGUAAUAGUUUAGCCAAAAAUCAUCAUUCUGUCAUCGUUUACUCAUGUCAUUUAAACUUGCAUGAGUUUCUUUCUUCAGUGAAAUAUUAAAGAAAUAUUUCAAUGUUUGGAACCAAACUGUUGCUGGUAGCCAUAAGUUAAGGCACCCAUAAAUAAUAGUCUGGUAGUUUUACAGUUACAAAUGUAAAAUAAUUAUUUUUAGUAUAUUUAAAAAUAUAUAUAUUUUACAGUAGAAUAUUACAACAGUUCUAUUGUAUUUUUGUUUUUAGUAUUUAAUAAUUGCUAUUUAGUUAUUUUUAUUUUUUAUUUAAAAUAUUUUUUAUUUAAAAAUAAAUAAUAAUAAUUAUUAUUAUUAUUAUUAUUAUUACACGUUAAAGAAAUAUUUCAAUGUUUGGAACCAAACUGUUGCUGGUAGCCAUAUAUUAAGACAACGAUAAAUAAUAGUAUCAUAGAUUUACAGAUAAAAUGUCAAAUAAUUAUUUUUAGUAUAUUAACUUUUUUAAAUUUAUUUUACAGUAGAAUAUUACAACAGUUCUAUUGUAUUUUUGGUUUUAACAUUUAAGAAUUUCUUUUUAGUUAUUUUAAUUUUUUUAUCAACCAUAAAUAAUAGCAUCACAGUUUUAUAGUUAAAAUGUUGAAUAAUUAUUUUUAGUAUUUUUUUUUUUUAAAUAUUAAUUUUUUAUUUUACAGUGGAAUAUUACAAUAGUUCUAUUGUAUCUUAGUUUUUUGUAUUUAGUUUUUUUAAUUAACAUUUUUUUUAAUUUAAAUUAAUUACAUUUUUUUUUUUUUUACAUUUAAGAAAUAUUUCAACGUCUGGAACCAAAUUGUUGCUGGUAGCCAUUGACUUCUAUAGUAAGGGAAAAAUUCUAUGGAAUUAAAUGACUACCGUCAACUAUUUGGUUCCCAGCAUUCUGCAAAAUAUCUUCUUUUGUGUUCAAUGUAAGAAAGGAACAGGAAAGUAAACGAUGACAGAAUUGUCAUUUUUGGGUGAACUGUCCCUUUAACCAGGUUUUCAGAAGCGUGACCGUAUUUCCAACCUUUACUUUUCCACUAACAAUCUAAUAUUGCCAAAAAUAUGUGAUGUAAAGCACUGCAUCAUUGAGAUGAACCGCGUGUGCAGAUCUCCUCACUCUUAUGUGUAGAGUUGAUUCAUUUUAGUGAAUCAGUUAAAAAAAAUGAUUUGCCAGUUGACUGAGAGGCAUUUUACACCUUUUUAUUAAUUGCUGCUGUUUAUAGCUACUUUUCUUGGUAUAUAAAGUAACAUUCAGCUUACAUUUAAACUACACUACCGUUCAUUAACACUUCUAUUCAUCAAGGACGCAUUAAAUUGCUCAAAAGUGCCAGUAAAGACAUUUAUAAUGCUACAAAAGAUUUCAAAUAAAUGCUGUUCUUCUGAACUUUUAUUCAUCUGUGAAUCCUGAAAAAUAAAACGCAUCACGGUUUCCACAAAAAUAUUGUGCAGCACGACUGUUUUCAACAUUGAUAAUAAUCAGAAAUGUUUGUUGAGCAGUAAAUCAGCAUAUUAUUAUGAUUUCUGAAGAUCAUGUGACACUGAAGACUGCAGUAAUGAUGCUGAAAAUACAGCUGCGCAUCACAGAAAUAAAUUACAGUUUAACACAUAUUCACAUAGAAAACAGCUGAUAUUUUAAAUUACAAAAUUAUUUCACAAUUUUUACUGUAUUUUUGAUCAAAUAAAUGCAGCCUUGUGAGCAGAAGACACUUUCUGAAGAAUCCUCCCGAAUGCGAGUGUAUAGUGUGGCGAAUCAUACGUGUUGUUUUGUUGCACGAGUGCUAAAAAGCUUCAGGAAUGAAUGCGUUUGGAGCAGAUGAGAAUCACUAAUUGCGAUUUCCAUCAGCAGCACUUGAAGGCAGCAUUGGUUUGCAAUACAGUCCCAAACUCAGAUGCGUUCAGAAGCUCUGCACAAAACCACCAAAAUGGGAUCCAAGCGAACUAGACUGACUCCUUUCGCCCCUCCACGGCCUCCAGCGCGCUCAGUACAUGGACCGAACCUCAACAUCUCACACAGCACACACUAGAAAGUACAAGAUCCUUUAUUACGACACUCGUUUUCAGCAAUAAACCCUGUAGAAUGAAGCUACUAGAGGACGAAGCGGUUCGAGCCAUGUACUUCCCUAACUUUAGCUCAAACAUGGCUCAGCCUGGCCUUGUGAUUCAGUUUGUUUUCUUCUUCUUUUCCUUUGGUCUUCUAUUUCUUCUUCUGAUUGUUUUAGCAUUUAAUGACAGUUGUAGCUGCAGUAUAUGCCGUAGUCGUUUGGAAUUGUCAAGAUGUCAUAUUUUUCUACAUGACUGUGUUACUAAACUUUUGACUUGAGGUCAGAUUGUUUUAUAUACAAGUGUUUCACAUAUAGCAGUAUAUAGAUUAUAUAUAACUCUCUCUCUCUCUCUCUCUCUCUAUAUAUAUAUAUAUAUAUAGAUAUGAAUAUAUAUAUAUUAUUUUCUGUACAUGAUAUGAUUUGAGUCCAGGAGAGCUUGCUGAAGACAGAAUUCUCCGACGCGACAUCCGACCACGACAAAAUGCAAAAAACGAUUCUCUUACUCAGUGUUUUUCUCUUGUUUUCUAGUAUAAAUAUCUGAAGAUACU